AUGGAUAAAGCUGAAUGGGGGAACAAAACAGCUAUCACUGAAGUCAUGCUCUCGGGAUUUGGAAAUCUUCAUGGGCUGCAGACUCCUCUCUGUUUGCUAUUUCUCCUAGUGUACAUUGUGACUGUGGCUGGAAAUGCCACUAUUGUGUCUUUGGUUGCAACUGAUAGACAACUACAGACCCCAAUGUACUUCUUCUUGGGGAACUUGUCCUGCCUGGAAACCUGCUACAGCUCAACCAUCUUGCCCAGGAUGUUGGCUAUUAUCUUAAGUGGAGACAAUGCUGUGACAUUCAGGGGUUGCCUGAUUCAACUAUAUUGUUUCAGCUUUUUGGCAACUGCAGAAUGUUACCUUUUGGCUGUGAUGGCUUUUGAUCGAUAUCUAGCCAUCUGCAAGCCCUUGCAUUACUCAACACUUAUGAAAGCCAGCACUAUCAUCCGACUAACAGCAGCAUCUUGGCUAUGCCCCAUCAUUGUUUUAGCCGUAAUUGUGCGGCUACUCUCAGGAUUAACUUUCUGUGGGCCUAAUGAAAUUGACCAUUUUUUCUGUGAUCUGAGUCCAGUGAUUAGUCUCUCCUGCACAGAUACGAAAUUGGUCACUUUGACAAUUUUCAUUAUGGCUUCAAUGGAUACUUUCCCCCCAUUUCUGCUCACGCUGACAUCUUAUGUUUUUAUCAUUUCUACCAUCUUGAGAAUCCCAUCUACUACAGGUAGGCAAAAGGCAUUUUCUACCUGUUCAUCUCACCUUAUUGUAGUGACACUUUUCUAUGGAACCCUUAUUAUGGUAUAUGUCUUACCCAAAACAGACAGCCUGAGAAAUCUAAACAAAGUAUUUUCUGCUUUUUACACCAUCCUGACUCCUCUGGUCAACCCCAUUAUAUACAGCUUAAGAAACAAAGAGAUGAGGGAGUCCAUGAGAAAAGCUCUUGGUAAAAUGAAUCUGAUUAGGAGAAUGUAG